AUGGUGGGCAGUCUUUGGUUCAAGUGGAAGGCUAUCAAUUUCCCUUGGCGGAAAACAAUUCUCGUCGGCCAGGACCUCGCGGGAAAUACGUUCUGGAUAUUUAAAGAUGCACUGAGGGCGGGCAGAUACCGGAGAAUUGUGAAAUUCGAUCCCAAGACACACUACGGCGACGUCAAAGUGACACCGCAAUGGCAUCAAUGGCUACGACACCUCCGUGAAGACCCACCGACCAUCGAAGAGCAGAGACAAGAUCUGAUUCGUCAAGCACAAAUGAAACAGCUGGCCCGAUUAGCCGAUGAGCGAUGGGCCAGUAAAUCUUCCUUCCUCGAUAAACCUAAGACUGACCAGCCCACUUCUGCUGUGGAGAGCGGUGCGGUGAACUCGACGUCUAAUUCUGCUUCUCCACCCGCGGAAUCUAAAGUCCCCGAUGCCUCAAAAAAUGAACAGAAACAGAAUCCAUGGGCCAAAUCAGACGGUAGAGUUCCUGGCGAGGGCUGGCAGCCCGAAUCAUGGACGCCUAACUCUCACCGGUGA